UGUAUUACCUCUAUGUUUGAUAAACUAAAUAUAGUAAUGUGGGGUAAGAUAAGAUAACGUUAAUACCUAAAUUCCCAGAUUUUCUUGUACUCUUGUGAGCAAUUAAUAAUGCUCUUUCGAGAGACUUCUGUUAUAUAAUUAUGUGAAUACUAUUUGUUUAUUAUUAAAUUGAGAAAUUAAAUAAAAUGAAAAUAUGUUCCAUCAAUAAUCGCAAAACAAUAAUUAAGUGUCGCUUAAUACAGAGUAUUAGCUAUAAUGUACAAACUUAAUCAAAUAGGAAAUAGUGAAUUUGAUGUCAUUGGAAGCAACUUGAAUACUGAGUGGGAUGAUAUGGGGACAUCUGGUAAAUUUCGUUUUCAUCCGAACUGUGGAAGCAACAUUCGUUUAAGCAAAGAUAACCUGAUUGCACGGCGAGUGGAAGGUUUCUCUAACGCUGUUUGCUUCAGUGAAUCUCCUCUUCUCCUGGGACAAUUAUUCCUCAUUGAGAUAAAAGACACCGAUAAAAGUUGGUCAGGUCAUCUUCGAGUUGGGAUCACUCAAAUUAAUCCUAACCUCGACCAUAUUCUUGAAAUGGUGGUUCCGAUGAUGAUUGACGAUGGCCGUACGUGGGCGCUAGCGAUCACUAAAUUCCACAACCGUGUUAGUGACGAACAUCGUGAUCUUUCUAAGUCUGAAUCAGUCUUAAAUUUCGGAAACGCCAGGGUAAACUCGGAUUAUCUCUGCUUUGCCGGGAAAAGAGCUUUGACGUAUAGUCUAAACGGUACACGGAUGGCGGAUUUUGGUCAAGCUGUUUUAAGGGGAAGCAGAAUUGGGAUUGUACUUAGGCCUGUGACGUCACAAAGACGUAAACAGUACUGUGAUUUACAUUUAGUUAUCAACGGCGAAGAUAUGGGGGCAGUUGUAACACGAAUACCAAUGACAAAACCUUUAUACGCAGUUGUAGAUGUAUAUAGUAUCACGAAAGAAGUAAAAAUACUUUCCCUCCCUGCUAUGACGUCAUUAACACACAUGUGUCGUGACGUCAUAAGAGAUCACAUCAGCGACAAAGAUGAAUUUAUUAAGUUAGGACUACCCCAUUGUUUACAAACGUUUGUCGAAUAUGGGUUUUAUCCUGAUCGUGUUUUAAACAAGUAACAACGGUCUAUAUGAGAGUCGCGAGGUCACGGUUUUAUAUUCUUUGAGUGUUCUUUGUUUACUAUUAAAAGCGACAAGAAAAUAGAAUGAAAAAGUGGCUCAUCUCACCCACCCUACUAUUAUAAUGUUAAUACUUAUGGACUAUUUAAAUACUGAUGAUCUAUAUCGUAUUUUGUCGGGCAGCAAUCUUUCUAAAUUCUUAGAAUGAACAUGCUAUCACUAACGUGUAAGCAGUUUUAUUAUAGAGUUACGUUUAUAAGCAAGUGUAUAGUGCGUAGUGCUAUACAAUACAUAUUAUCUUAUGCUAUAGUAAGAUAAUAGUUUUGUCGUAAGCUAAUUUCGCAACAUUAACUAUGCAAUUGUUUCUUUUGAUCAGUUAUGUGUAGCCUACGAACUUUUUGAAGGAAGCGUAUGGUAAUAAUGCUGUAUUAUUUGAUUAUAUGAAAAACAUAUGUACACCGAAAUUUGCGGUUUAUAAAACGCUGACACAAUCCGUUUACCGUCGUCGUGUUUCUUACGUGCAAAGGCCUUGAUAAAUACUGAUAAGGUCGAGUGCUGUGUCGCCCUGCCAGUUGGUUCCUCUGGUGGCCGUAAAACGUAUCUGACAAAUAAAAGCAAUUUUUAUUUUGUGAUUA